UGCAUAUGUGCACUGUGAUAAUCUCAGUGGUGUGUGUAAUAUGUAUACACUAUAUUGCCAAAAGUAUUGGGACACCCCUCCGAAUCAUUGCAUUUAAGUGUUCCAAUCACCUCCAUGGCCACAGGUGAAUAAAAUCAAGCACCUAGGCAUGCAGACUGCUUCUACAAACAUUUGUGAAAGAAUGGGUUGCUCUCAGGAUCUCAGUGAAUUUAAACUUGGUACCGUGAUAGGUUGCCACCUGUGCAAUAAGUCCAUCUGUGAAAUUUCCUUGAUACUAAAUAUUCCACGGUCAACUAUUAGUGGUAUUAUAACAAAGUGGAAACAACUGGGAACAACAGCAACUCAGCCACGAAGUGGUAGGUCACGUAAAAUGACAGAGUGGGGUCAGUGCAUCCUGAAGUGCACAGUGCACAGCAGUCGCCAAAUGUCUGCAGAGGGUUGGUUUCCAGUGAAAGGAACUCUUCAGGCAUCAGCAUACCAAGACAUUUUAGAC